CCGGCAACGUUGCAAUACCGCGCAUGCGCUUCUAAGCCCACUCUGUCAAAUUGCGUAAUUUGCACUUUUUCUGCAAUUUUAACCCAAAAUUCUUCCAUUUUAAACAACUUAAAAUGUUUUUCGACAAAUUUCUGCCGAAAAUGCCCGUCGUCAAGGCCCAAGAAGAAGAAGAGGAUCUGGUAGACCCCCAGCAAGUCUUAAGGGACGCUUGCAGAGAUACCGACCACUGUAAGCAUUUAAGCGAGAAAUACGAGGCUUGUAAUGCUAGGGUUUUGUCCAAAUCACAAACUGCGGAAACUUGUGUGGAAGAGUUGUUUGACUUGCUUCAUGCCAUCGAUCACUGUGUAACUAAGGAUCUUUUCUCCAAAUUGAAGUAAAUUGAGGUUGUUAUACCCUAUGUAGCUUAUUAAUUAUAUAUUAUACAUGUUUUAAAUAAAUCGUAAUACUUAACGAUUUACAGUGUUUUAUUUUAAUUAAAGGUUAAAAU